UGCAGUAAAUUCUGUGUGAAGUCCGGAAGCUGACGCGCUAUACGUUUCAGCGAACUUCUCGAGAACGAAUUCUUCGAAUUGUUUGAGUGGUUCAAAUUCCGAACAGUGUUAAAUACUGUUCGCUCUGUGAAUAACUGUAUUUGUGUAAAAAUCUUGAAUAAAAUGUCUGUCUGUGACAGUGGAGAUGCGAAAUUAGACGCCGCUGUAAAUUCUUGGCUGAAACACGAUAAGAAUCCAACUACACGUAAGGAGGUUCUCGAUGACAUCUCAAAUGCUCGAUGGGAUAAACUUCGUGGGUGUAUGCUGCAGCGGCUGAAGUUUGGCACAGCGGGCCUGCGCGGGCGCAUGGGAGCUGGUUAUAAGGCCAUGAAUGAUGUUGUCGUGUUGCAGACUGCUCAGGGCCUUUGUUCAUACGUAAAGAAGGUCUGCAACCCGAGUCAGAUUCAGAACGGAGUGGUCAUCGGCUUCGAUGGCAGAUACAACAGUAAAAGAUUCGCAGAACUAACAGCGAAAGUCUUCAUAUCAUCAUCGAUUCCUGUUCACAUGUUCACCGAGGUUUGCGCAACACCCCUGGUGUCAUUCGGCACGAUCCUCUACAACUCUGUCGCUGGAGUCAUGGUGACGGCUUCUCAUAAUCCCAAGGAGGACAACGGGUAUAAGGUGUACUGGAGAAAUGGAUGCCAGAUUAUAUCGCCCCAUGAUGAUAAUGUGUUGGAUGAGAUUAUGCAGUGUUUGGACAUACCCGACGAACACUGGGACAUAAAGGACAUUCGUUCCAACCCACUAGUGACGAACUGCCAGGAGGAGGUCACAAACAAAUACAUGGAUACGAUCAUCAGCCUCAGUCCUGAGGUCUUGGAGGAGAACAAGAGAGCCUCCAUAGAUGUGGUGUAUAGUGCCAUGCAUGGAGUCGGCUAUGAGUAUGUUCUGAAGGCUUUUGCGACUGCUAAUCUUAAGGCGCCAAUAAGCGUAAAAGAACAACAGGAUCCGAACCCCGACUUCCCAACGGUGACAUUCCCCAACCCUGAAGAGUUGGAGUGCUUGAACCUCAGCAAGCAGCUAGCUGAGGAGAAGAAGGUUAAGCUGGUGCUGGUCAACGACCCUGAUGCUGAUAGACUGGCUGUUGCUGAGUUUGAUGAUAGCACAAAUUCGUGGCACAUUUUCACCGGUAACGAGAUGGGAGCUCUGCUCGGCUGGUGGCUGUUGGACCAGUACUGCAAGAAGGUCAACCACAUGCCGGAGUCUGAGGUGUAUAUCAUGGCCAGCAUUGUGAGUUCUAAGAUGUUGAGAGCUAUUGUUAAAGGAAGGGGGGAGUUCGUUGAAACUCUUACUGGAUUUAAGUGGAUGGGCAACACCACACUACUAUUGGCUCAGCAGAACAAAGUGCCUCUGUUCGCGUUUGAAGAGGCCAUCGGCUACAUGUGUGAUCAUCGCGUGCCGGAGAAAGACGGAGUUUCUGCUGCUGUACAGGUAGCAUCUCUAGCCUCCCACCUAUACCUCUCCGGUUCAUCAGUCUUACAGCAGCUGUACGCAUUGUACGCACAGUACGGGUACCACGUGACUGACAACAGUUACUACAUCUGUCACGAACAAGCUACCAUACAGAAGAUAUUCAGAAGAAUCAGGAAUUAUACAGCUCCGGGAGAGUACCCCAAGAAAGUGGGUGAAUGCGAGAUCGUUUACAUUAACGACUUCACAGCCGGCGUUAAAAUUCCUGAAAAUGUCAACGGAGAAGCGCACUUGAAUGUCCUAGGCACCGGGUUAGACCAGGACUACACGUCGGGCGAGAUGAUAAUCUUCCGCUGCAGCAACGGCCUCACCGUCACUGUCCGCACCAGCGGCACUGAGCCCAAGCUCAAGUAUUACUCCGAGCUGGUGUGUGAGGCUAAGAGUAGGAGUGAACAAGAAUCAAUGAACGCCAAACUGAAAGUAAUGGUGAAGGCAUUUGUAGAAGAAUUACUGCAACCCAGAGAAAAUGGCCUAUUAGGCUAAACAGAAGAUUUGACUUUAACAAUACCUUCGAGAUUUUGAACAUUUUGAAUAAAGAACUCGGAACAUUCCAGAUUUGAAAAUGUUAUUCGACUAUUGCAAUAAUCGACUAAAGAUAAGAUUAGUGGUGUAGUCGAUGUAUCGAUACUUUUUUUAAUGCAUACUCUUUUGUAUUCUGUUUUUUGAUGUUACCAGUGUCUAAAAAGUGUUUAAUUACUUUUCGUAAUAAAUAAAUGUUUUUGAAGUAAAUGUUUAAAAAGCUUUGUCAGGGAAUACUAUCGAUUUUAAUACUUAUUCUCAUUUUAAGUAAGACAUACUGUGGUAAUUAUUACAUUUUGUAAACGGAUUUAUUUUAUACUAACUCAAUUUUAGAAUAAGAUAUUUACUACCAAAGAAAUAUAUCAAAAGCAUUCCGGAC